AUGGGCUCCGACUUCAAGGCCAUCCCUCUGAUCGAUAUCAGCCCGCUCGUCGAGAAGAUCGACGACCCUGCCAUGGCCGGCGACGAGGGUCUCCUCGACGUCGUCUGGAUGCUGGACGACGCUUGCAGGGAGGCCGGGUUCUUCUAUGUGGUAAUCAAAGGCCAUGGGAUUUCGGAGUCGCUAAUGACGGAAGUCAGGGAUGUCACACGCAAGUUCUUUCAGCUCCCUCGCGAGGAAAAACUGAAGAUCAAAAUGACACCUCAGAGUGGAUAUAGAGGAUAUCAGAGAGUGGGAGAAAAUGUUACCAAGGGUAAACCUGAUAUGCAUGAAGCAAUUGAUUGCUACACGCCUAUCGAACCAGGCAGAUAUGGAGAUCUUGCUAAACCAAUGGAAGGAUCUAAUUUGUGGCCAGAUUAUCCAUCAAAUUUUGAUGCGCUGCUGGAAAACUAUAUAAGCCUUCUACGAGAUCUUUCAAGGAAGAUCAUGAGAGGCAUAGCCUUGGCACUGGGUGCGCCGUUGGAUUCUUUCGAAGGCGGAGUGGCGGGAGAUGCUUUCUGGGUUCUCAGGUUAAUUGGCUAUCCAGUCUCAGAUGACAUCCCACAAGAGGAACGCACUGAUAUUGGAUGUGGAGCUCAUACAGAUUAUGGUCUUCUGACAUUGGUGAAUCAGGAUGAUGAUAUAUGUGCUCUUGAGGUCAGAAACCAGUCCGGUGAGUGGAUAUACGCCAAGCCGGUCCCUGGAACCUUCGUUUGCAACAUCGGCGACAUGCUGAAGGUUUGGUCGAAUGGGAUAUACCAGCCCACGCUCCACAGAGUCGUCAAUAACUCCCCUCGCUACCGUGUAUCUGUCGCCUUCUUCUACGAGUCGAACUUCGACGCUGCGGUGGAACCUGUAGAGUUCUGCCGGGAGAAAACGGGCGGCGUUGCCAAGUAUGAGAAGGUGGUGUAUGGGGAGCACCUAGUGCAGAAAGUCCUCACCAACUUCGUCAUGUAA